GGUUUCGUUGCGGUCUGCUUCGGGAUCGUAAGAGUGUGGUGAUGAUGAGGAGAUGGACGAACAGGAUGACAGGAUGGAGAGGAGGCGUUUGGGUUUUGACCGUGAGAUCGCCGCCAUUUAGAAGCAUAGAACUUCACUGAUUGUUCUUCCUCAUUGAGAAGCAUGAAGUACGGAGAGAUCAUGCACUUUAGCCAUCCUCACAAGCUUCGGUGUGAGUACGUAGAGGUGCCGUUCAAGUGUGAUGGAUGCAAAGAGGUAGGCAUAGGUUCUCGGUUCAAAUGCAGUGUCUGUGACUAUGAUCUUCACAAACAUUGUGCCUUACCGACGGCAGCCACUGUUGUUCACCACCCUUUCUACAGAAAGUGUGAGUUCCAGUUCAUGGCCCGGCCACCGGGGCACUUGCCGAGGUAUUGCAAUGCUUGUGAGAAGGAUGUAAAUGGGUUUGUCUACCAUUGCCGUUCUUGUGGGUUUGAUCUUCAUCCCUGCUGUGCUAACCUGCCUUAUGUGCUUGAUGCUGGAGAUUUGAAGCUUUACCUCUACCGCAAGGUCGGAGGUGCAUGUCAUAAAUGUGGGAGGAAAGGAAACAGCUGGACAUACAGGAGCAGUUGCAAGAAAUACAACCUGCAUGUAUCUUGUGUGAUGGAGAUGUUACUUGAUAGUUGGCAUGAUAUAUACUUUGGAGGUGGUGGCCAUGGAAGUAAUGGAACAAUGACCAAGGGUUUCAUGGGGAACAACACUAAGAUUCCAUGCAUUAGAGGGGCCAAAAUUAACCACCAUAGGAGCAAAGGGAAAGUGAAGAGAUGCUGUGAAUUGGCUGGGCUUGCUUUGCAGUUCAUCAUCUCUGCUGUUCUUGGUGAUCCAACGGCUGUUAUUGCUGGUGUUAUUGGUUCUUUUAUUCCUAGGGUUUGAUCUUUAGUGUUUUCUAUGUAUUGUGUAUAUAUACUUAAUGAUACUUGUUUGUAGCUAAUCAAAAUGGUUUUUAUUGUAGGUUAUAUCCUAAGUGGUUUUGUUUAUAUGGUUUGGAAUGUUAUGGUUUUUAAUUGGAAUGCAAAUUGUGGUGGUUGUUAUGUGAA